GUAGGAUUUCAGAAUUAUCUUGAUUUAAAGUGGAAGCGUUAAAGUUCAUUGUUGUUUAAUCUUUCGUUGGAAUUUUUCAGUUUUUCGCUAAUAAAAAAGUGUAAAACUAUGGAUAAUAUGACCCAGGUGUCCCAUAAUAUGGACGAUAUGGAUAUGGGUGGCGGAAUGGCUAUGUAUUUUACUUUUUCAACUAGUGCCACGAUUUUAUUUAAACAAUGGAAAGUUCAUACGGUUGGUGGCUUCGCUGGGUCCAUGGUUGCCGUGUUUGCUUUGGCGUUUUUAUAUCAGGCCCUCAAGUUCUAUAGAUCAUAUUUACUCCUAGGAGCCGCACAGAUCCGUAAUAAGAACCAAGCGUCCGGAGAUGUUAGAUUUACUGAAUUAAACAUAAUGAGCAAAUCCCACCUAAUCCAGACCCUGUUUCACGGCAUCCAAGCAAUUAUCAGCUAUUUUCUUAUGCUGAUUUUUAUGACUUAUAACGGUGGACUCUGUAUAGCGGUUGUCUUAGGAUUGGUCUGCGGGUAUUUUGUUUUUGGAUGGAAAAUAUCGAUCGGCGAUGACCAUUGUGCAUAAUUCCAUCAUGUGUAUCUUGUCAAUUUUUUUGAAUCUGAUGUUAUUCUUACUGUUAUAUGCUGAUUAAAUGUCUUUUAUUUGAAAUA